AUGGAGAUGGCGGCGGCCGGCGUAUUCUUCCUCUACCUUCUCUCCCUCUGCCGGGUCUUCUCUCCCGUCUCCGGCGUGGACUUCCUCCUCAACUCCAUCAAGCCCGGGGAUCUCACCCUCGUCCGCGACGCCCGCCUGGAGGGCUCCGUCGUCCGCCUCACCAACGACUCCAACCAGUUCUCCCUCGGCCGCGCUUUCUACCCCGCCAAGCUCAUCAUGCUCAGGAACUCCUCCGGCGGCGCCGCCGCUGUGUCCUCCUUCUCGACAUCGUUCGUCUUCUCCGUGCUACCCAAGGACAGGAGCAACCCUGGCUUCGGCAUCGCCUUCGUGCUCUCUGCCACCACCGCCGUGCCCGGCCUGACGGGGCAGUACUUCGGGCUCUUCUCCGACAACACCACUCUGGUCCGAGCGCCGCUGCUCGCCGUCGAGUUCGACACCGGCCGGAACCCCGAGUUCCGGGAGCCCGAUGGCAACCACGUCGGCAUCGACCUCAACUUCAUCGAGUCGUCGGUCCUCGCCGCCGCCGGUUAUUACCGGACCGGCGCUGCCGGCGGGCAGGAGUUCGUGCCGGUGGACAUGCGGUCGGGGCGCAACGUCCGCGCCUGGGUCGACUUCGACGGGCCGCGCCGCCUGAUCGAGGUCACCGUCGCGCCGGUGGAGGUGGUACAGAAGCCCCCGCGGCCGCUGAUCUCCUACGCCAAUCCGGAGCUCACCGAGUACCUGUCGGAGAAGAUGUUCGUGGGGUUCUCUGCGUCGAAGACGCAGUGGGUGGAGGCGCAGAGGGUGCUUGCGUGGAGCCUCCGCGACGACGGCCUCCCCGCCCGUGAUAUAAACACCACCGGGCUUCCGGUUUUCGCGACGGCGCCGCCGUCGUCUUCUUCCUCGCCGUUGAAGAACCUGGCCGCGGGGUUGUCCGGCGCCGCUGCGGCGCUGGCCCUGGGGGUGGGGGCGUUUUUCUUCUUUCACUGGCGGAGCCGCCGCCGGCGCCGCGGCGGCGGUGAGGAGGACGAGAUGGAGGAGUGGGAGAAGGAGUACUGGCCUCACCGGUUCGCGUACGCCGAGCUCGUGGCGGCCACCGGGGGGUUCUCGGCGGAGCGGCUAGUCGGCUCCGGCGGGUUCGGGAAGGUCUACAGGGGGGUCUUCCCCAAGGACGGCAAGGGGGACGCCGGCACCGGCGUCGGCGGAGAGACGGCGGAGGUGGCAGUGAAGUGCGUGUCCCACGACUCGAAGCAGGGGCUCAAGGAAUUCAUGGCAGAGAUCUCCAGCAUGGGCAGGCUCAGGCACAAGAACCUGGUUCACAUCAAGGGGUGGUGCCGGCGGGGGAAGCAGCUCAUCCUGGUCUACGACUUCAUGCCCAACGGCAGCCUCAGCCGUUGGAUCUUCCCCUCCCCCUUCGCCGCCGCCGGCAGCGCCAAGGCGGCGGCGGCGCCACUGCUGGGGUGGGAAGGGAGGCGGAGGGUGUUGGCGGACGUGGCGGAGGGGCUGCAGUACCUCCACCACGGCUGGGACCAGGUGGUGCUCCACCGGGACGUGAAAUCCAGCAACAUUCUCCUCGACGACGGCAUGCGCGGGCGACUGGGGGAUUUCGGUCUGGCGAAGCUGCAGCAGCACGGGGAGGCACCGAGCAGGACGCGGGUGGUCGGCACGCUCGGGUACCUCGCGCCGGAGCUGGCGCGCGAGCCGGCGCCCACCGCCGCCAGCGACGUGUACAGCUUUGGGGUGGUGGCGCUGGAGGUGGCCUGCGGACGGCGGCCGAUCGAGAUGGCGGAGGAUGCCGAGGAGGACGACUUCCUCCUGCUCGAGUGGGUGCGCUCGCUCUACGCCGGCGGAAGGCUGCUGGAGGCGGCGGACCCGCGGCUGGAGGGGGACUACCCGCCGGCGGAGAUGGAGCUGGUGCUCAAGCUCGGGAUGGCCUGCUGCCACCCCGUCCCCGCCAACCGCCCCUCCAUGAAGGAGGUGGUGGCGCUGCUGCUGGCCGCCGGCGGGCAGCCGCCGCUGAGCAGCGGACGCUGA